AUGGCAGGAGACAGACUGAGGAGAUUGAACUCUUCGAUUAAAGAACACCAAAGUAUGCUUGGGAAACUGAAAAGAGUAGUGAACGUUUUGAAAGAACAUGAUUCUACGCUUUUCCAGUCUAAUGGACUUAUCUUGAAGCAAGGAGAAGAAUUUGCUCACGACUUCAAUGUAAAGCAGAUCCAGUGCGUCGAGGCUAAGGUGCAAAAGGUAACGCGGGAUACAGAGACACUAGAACAAAGUAAAGACAGUUUUCGUAGCAUUUUCAAGGGCCUACAUAGAGACCGCAUCAGCAAGGGAAGAAGAAAAAAAGAAAACCGUCGAAAAUCGACUGCAAGAAAAAAGAAAAGGUUUGAAAACAACGUCUAACGAGUGUAUAGUAUUUGUGUCGGAAACCCGCUAGGUAAUGAUCUUCCGAAAUGUCUUCUGUAUCCUCCUUGCCUUGCCGUCCCUGAAGGGUGCAUCGACGUUGAGAAAGUUUCCGAAUUGCUUUUUGAUCGAGAUGCGGCAUACAUUGCACAGCUCUUGCAAGGAAACCAUUGCAGCAACGCCGCAGGAAGCAGAAUUAUCACAAACCUCAAGCCGGAGGUUAGAGAUAACGUGUACCGCUUCAUGUACCCUGAAGAGUAU